AUGUCUCACUGGCAGAUGCUAAAGCCGUCAAAGUGGGCUUUGGAACCAGAAGACACCACCUUCGCCAAAAACGGAUGGAGUAACAAGGACAUGGACCCUGUUCCCCUUCGCCUUAGAACAUGGACAACCAUGAAUUACAUCUCUUACUGGCUGUCUGAUGCUACAAACAUAGCUGUUUGGGAACUAGCAAGCUCAAUGCUUGCUGUGGGGUUAUCAUGGCGUCAAGCACUUCCCUGCAUCUCAGCAGGAUAUGGCAUCAUCUCUGUCGUUAUGGUUCUCAAUGGGACCACAGGUGCCAGGCUCCACAUUGCAUUUCCAGUAUUAAACAGGUCUUCGUUUGGCUUUUGGUUCAGCUACUUUACGGUUUUCAGUCGCGUCUUGUUGUCCAUGUUCUGGUUUGGCAUACAGACGUACAAUGGGUCCCUGUGUGUCUAUCAGAUGCUCAAAGCUAUAUGGCCUUCAAUAGCGCAUCUCCCAAAUCACCUUUCUGAUACUGCAAAUAUCACAAGCUCCGGACUACUGUGCUACCUUUUAUAUUGGCUAAUUCAACUUCCCUUCAUGUUGCUAACACCACAUAAAGUUCGCUGGCUCUUCAUGGCAAAAGCGUGGAUUGUUCCUAUUACAUGGCUUGCUAUGGUGAUCUGGUGUUUUGUCAGAGUCCCUGCGUCUGAAGGCCUCUUCAUUCAACAUUCCAUUCUUCCUCAAAACACUCUCUCUUGGUCUUGGCUGAGUGCCAUGAAUAGUGCGCUUGGAAUAUACUCCAGUUUGUCAGUUAAUAUCCCUGACUUCACACGUUAUGCGAAAGACGAGAAAGCGCAAUUUGUUCAACCACUCAUCAUUCCUAUUGCGUUUACACUUUGCAGCUUCGCUGGCAUCGCUGUAACGAGUGCAGGUAUACAGCUGUAUGGAGAAGUGCUGUGGAAUCCUCUGAACCUGAUUAACCGCUGGGAUAAUCGCGCUGCUGCAUUCUUUGCUUCCUUUUCUUUCCUUCUGACCACCAUCGGAACAAACAUCAGUGCGAACUCCCUGGGCGCUGGAAAUGACAUGACAGUGCUGCUUCCACGCUAUAUCAACAUAAGGCGAGGCCAGGUUAUCUGUGCUAUCAUAGGUGGAUGGGCGCUUUGCCCAUGGGAAAUACUUGCAAGUGCUGCAGGUUUCCUGAAUUUCAUGAAUGGAUACACGGUUUUCCUGGGACCUUUUGCAGGUGUUAUGAUCACAGAUUUCUGGCUUGUACAUCGUGGUCGCGUCGACGUCCCGGCCAUGUACGACCCUCAUGGAAGAUAUCGUUACGUGGGCGGAUUUAACUGGCGAGCCGUGCUUGCUAUGCUCGUGACCGUCUUACCUACCCUCCCUGGCUUGGCGAACUCGAUAAAUCCUGCUAUUAAAGUCGGAUACGCCACUCGUCUGUUUGAUAUUGCGUGGAUGUACGGGUUCGUGGUGUCCUGCGUCGUGUAUUACUGUGCAUCUGUCUGGUUUCCGGCCCACGACACGUUCGUCGAUAAGCUGAUUUCCGCAGAUGAUGAUGUUUCCACUCUCGAUGCCGGGGAGAAACAAUCAGAUUCUGAUAGCACACAAAAGAAAUAUAAAAAUGCAGCGGACGUAGAUGUAGUAGUCACCAUGGCAGAGCACCCUGUAGAACCUGCGUAAGCGUGUCAGCCGUGCCCUAGUACACAGCGCUCAGGCUGUACGAAUGGCGGUUAAACAAGAAUAAAUUUAAAU